AAAAAAACAAACAUUCUUUUGACACAUAAUAUGACACUUGACAUUGACAGGACACGACUGACACUGACAGAGUCUGAUAGAUUUUUAACGGUUUCAAUUCAAUUUAAUUUAAUAUUCAAGUUCGAUUUUGUUGUAAAACGUUUUAAUGUUAAUCAAUAUAAGUUGUUUAAGUAUAACAAUUGAGGCACAAUUUUUGAUUACAUUCGAAUGUUCUAAAAUGUCCAAGUCGCAGAAGCGUGCAAUAUCAAGCAAAAUAGUAGCAAGUACCAUCAAGCUAGACAUUUUUAAUAAAUGCAAGGAAGGGAGUUUUAAAGAAGCACUGAAUUGUAUUAACUCUGAUUUAAAGAAGCAUCUUACUAAAGAAACGGUCCUAUCUAUUAUCAAAUAUUGCGCCGCAGGUUGUUGUGCGAAAGAUGACCUUUCUUCACCAUCUUCCCUAAUUAAACUUUUAACUAUAUUAAGACAAUUUUUAACAAGUUUAGAUGAACCUGAACUGGUUAAUUAUUUAUAUUCGAUGUCUUAUAUACUGCGUUUUUUUAUAAAAAAGAAUUUAAUUGAAUCUCUGCUUGAAAUGGAGGAUUUUAUUUUGGACAAUUCUCACCCACCACUGACAGACACGGGACAAGAAGUAUUUUAUGCAAUAAUGGUGACGUUAGUUAAAUUGGUUAUAAGAUCAUCGAAUACUACACCAUCUAAUGAGAAGCAGUUACAGGAAACUAUUAAAUUAAGUAAAUUAGUAUUGAAAAUGUGUACAAAAUUGGAUGCCAAAAAAGCGAUUGAUUUUCCUGUGACAUGCUUAUCUUGUAUCAUUAAAAUGAAUGCAUCUUUGGCAGAACAAAUCGAAUACUGCGAUUUAUGUUUUGAAAUGAUAGAUUUUUCCAAAGUUGACGCAGGAAACAACUUCAAAAAUGUUGCCUCUACUUUUGUUCAUUUAACGAAAAACAUACUUGUGAGUCAAGAGAUUAGCCGAGGAAUCGAAUUUUUUGACACCAUUGCGAUGCAUUUGAAGAACAAAACGAAGAACAAUCAUUGUCUUAACUGUUUGGUCGAUUUUUUGAAAUUCUUUACUAUAAUGAAAGCACCAGAUAUGUUUAUAAUUAUUGAGAAGAGUUUGGCUAGUUUAAAGAAAUUAGAUCUCGCAUUGAAAGAGGCGAGUUACAAAAAGGAAUUCUACUUGAAUAUCUGCUCUUUAUUCCCAAAAAUGAUGAGUUAUUAUAAGUUGUUUCCCACAGAUUUAUCCAGCUUAACAGAAGACCAACAUACAAGAUUUCUAACUUUUUUGGUUUGUGUCAAUUCGAUAUUCACAAAGAGUGUCUCAGAUGCAGCAGAUAAAACGUACAUUACCCUUGUAAUGUCCGGAGGAAUUAUUAGUGCAAUUUCAAUAUAUGCUCAGAAUAAAAAUUGUCAUCAACGGUACCAUCAAUUCUGCUGUAACUUACUUAAUAAAUAUUUUAAACAGAUCAAAACGAAAUUAGAUCACACACAUAAGGAUUUGGGACAAUACUGGAAUUAUUUCUUCGCAAAGUUAAAUGAUCUAUGUUGUUACUUAAAAAGUGAAAAAGAAAUAGCUAUCCGCUACUCGCGGUUUAUGAUUAACCUUUUUCUGGAAUUGGAAGAUGUACGAGUGGAAGUAAUUUUAAAACAGAAAACAAUUUAUUCAAUAUGUUACAUGUUAAUUAAUUUGCAUUCAGACGACGUUAAGAAACAGUUGGCAUAUUGCUCAUUGGGAGUAUUUUUAUGUGAAAAUUAUUCCAAAGAUUUUAUGGAUAUGUGGGUGCAAAUUAAAUAUCGAUCAAAAGGCAGUAAUGAUGUUAAGGGAUUAAAUAUAUUAUCCGCAUUAUCAUUAUUAUAUCAAGAAUAUCCCGACAUUGAUGUACUUAAGAAUGAUAAAAUCCGUUUGUUAAAUAUGGAAUUGUUGCAUUACAAUAAAAAAUGGAGAAGUAAAUUGCCCAUAACAAAUGCUUUAAAUGAGCUCAUACAAAUUGCAGAUAUUGAUAACAUCGAAAAAGUUGUUAUAAACUUAUACAAAAAUAUGGAUAUACCGAAUUAUGAUCAAGUGUUUGAUAUCGUUCAAAAUAUUAUAAAGAAAUACCAACAGCCAAUCGAAAAUAACAGGUCACGAUUGAAUUUAUCAAUUUUACACUAUAUUAUCUACAAAUGUUCUUGUAUGAAGAAGGUAGCAAAGAAUGAUGUACCCAAAGUUAUAGAAAGCUGUCCUACUAAAGUGGCUGAUAACGAAGAGGCCGAUGAUGAAAAAACGGAUUAUUUUUGCGAAUCUUUAAAAUUCCAAGUUUUAAACGAACGUUUAAAAGAUUUGGAAUUAUCUUUUGAAUUACUGACGUUGUCUGUACCAACAUUAAAACUAUCAGAUUUGGAACAUAUAGAAUUAAAGGAUAUACACGAUAUAUUAAUGAGAAUAUCAUUCGAAUUCAAACUAAUCCGUUGUGAUGCAAAAUGUUUGAAAACUUUAGAAAUGUCGUUGGAAGUUUCAAAAUUAAUGAAUGAACACCCUCGGAUUUUAAGAAGUAUCUCUCAUAUUAUAGAACAUCCAGAUAUUGAUGAAAAGGUUCUAAAAGAACUAAUGGAGCUUGCCGAUGAAACACUUGGAAACAUAAACGCAGAGCAAUGUGAAAAUUUAAAAAUUAUCAUCAACUUUCACAUAUGUAAAUGCAAGGCAUUAUUUUAUAGGAACCAAGAAGAAUCGUACAAAUCUUUGAAAAAAAUCGAGGAAUUGUGCAAAAAUAUGGACGAUCAAAACGGAUCUAAUCAAAUAAUGGGCCAACUGUACCUCUUACAUUCCAAAUUCGAUUCCCUGCCUUGUAAUUUAGCAAUGGACAAACGUAGAAGUUCUGUGAUCUUCAAUGUUACUCGAGCAGUCAAAAUCCUAACACUAGACAGUGGAUCACAAAAAAAUUUACAUCCUGAAAAUAACCUAUUGAUGGUCGAAGCAAUCGAAAGAUUCAUCAUGUUCCAUCAUUACUUAAAGUUGGCGCGAGAAUUGCAUGGUCACUUGGGGGAAUGCUUAUCUCUUUCAAAAGGAAACUAUCUACCUCCGUUUCACGCGAGAUUGUUGCUACAGGGGUCCUAUUCCGAUCUCUGGUUGAACCGCCAGGACGAAUUCCAGUACAAAAUCUCAUCGUUAGAGGAUAUUUUAAACUUCACCGAGCGAUCGCUUUCUUUGAAUGAGGCAUCGGGCGAUUGCAAGUUACCCGCUUUACACGAAAACGCCUGCGUUUGCUUCUACUGCGACAACCACGAAUAUCAACAACUAGUCUUGGAAACCCUGCUCUUGAAAGCCGAAGCUGCUUGUAAAAAUAAUUCCCUCGAAUUGGCCGAGCAUUUUUAUUCCGCGGCCACUACCUAUUUCCAACACCACGAGAAUCGACCUAUUAAAGACAAACUUUGGUCUACCUACGGCUACGUUCUACUCAGUUACAGUAAUUUCUUGUUCAUGUCCGAUCGCAAAACCGAAGCCUUCAAUCUCAACAGCAAAAUAUUGGAAUCGGUGAGCGACACACACUUGCAGAACAUCAAUUUGUACUGUGCAGCUUUGACGCAGAGAGCGAAUUAUUUGUUCGAAUCGCUGAUGCCCAAAGUCUCGCGCGAGCAAGACGCGGAACACUUGGAAGUUUUGGAGCGCAAGCAGAUUUUAUUGACGCCUGAUCACAAAGGAAAUGCCGUUAUAAUCGUCACGCCGGUGGCAGCGAAGUCGCCUAAAGAAUUCGAACGGAAAAAGGGCACUAUUUUGCAGUUCUCCCCGACGAAAGGGGAACCAGACGAGAGGAACAAAUCUGAUUUGCGUGUAACUAGAAAGACGGGAGCGAUACCCAAACGACUGCAGAUAGCGAAAUUGCAAAUGGAUGAGAAUGCUCAGCAAGGAUCGAUUGGAAACGUUCUUGAGGAACUACCCGUUGUAGAUAAUACCAACAGCAAAACGAGCGAUUUGUUGAAAAGCCAGACCAAACUGCUGACUGAAAAAUUGAAGAAAGGGAAGAACGACGCGGAGAAUAAUACGGAGAAGAGAAGGCGCGGCCCGCGGAAGAAUUUAGUCAAAGAUUUUAGCGAUUCGACACCGUCUAGACUGACACGAAGAAAAUAAAAAAAUAUGUUAUGAACGGGUUUCUCUUGGUAUUUGUUGGUUCUUGUCUAUUUUUAUCCGAUGUGUUCAUUGAUUAUUUAGAAAUUUAUCUCAAAAAUAUUUUUAUGUACAAAUCGGUUUUAAAAUUUAAUACGAUCUGUGAUAGUUUUUUCAAAAAGUCUAACAUUCGAUUUUGAUGUAAAGAAGUACCUUAAAGACUAAUUAUUGUAAUUAAUGUUCAUGUACAAAUUUUUUUCCAAAAAAUUAAAAUACUUGCAGGGAUGACGUGUUAAUGUAUUACUCAUAUUAUCAAUAACUAUUAUCUU